GUCAAAAUCCUAACCAAAGACUUUUUUAAUCGCAUCUUCAUAUAAAAAUGGGAAAAUAGUAAUAUAUCGAUACAUAUUUAAGUUGUCAAAUAAAAAAAUGGAGAAAUCGGUAGAUUUAGAAACAAAAUACCAAAAGUUGGCCACUGAAUACUCAAAGAUGAGAUCCCAUGCAACUGUAUUAAAAAAGGCGGUUCUUGAUGAACAAUCAAAAAUUUUGGAGUUGAGAGAAAUAAUAAAGGAGCAAGAACAGAAAAAUAGGAAACAUGAUCAAGAAAUGGAUAGUUUAACUUUUAGAAAUGACCAAUUAACCAAGAGGAUUUCAGUGUUGCAACAAGAAUUGCAGAAUAGUGGGCAGGGAAAAAAGGGGAAAAAUAAAGCAACUGAUAGCCCAGUUCAAUCUAAUUUUAAUGUGUUGGAAGUUGAAUUACACAAAAAAAUUUUAGAGAAUGCCCAACUUCAUAGUGCUAUGGAUGAUAAAGAUUUAGAAAUAUCAAGCAAUAAAGAAAAAAUUCAAUGGUUAGAAGAAAGGGUAGAUAAAUUACAAAAUGAUAUAAUUGAAAUAAAAAAUGUUCAUAAAAUCCAAUUAGAACAAAGUAAAGAAAAUUCAAUGAAAAAUUCAAUUAAUAAAUCAACUAGUUUUUGUGAUAAAUGUAAAAAAAAUGAUGAACUACAAAAGGAAUUAAGUUAUUAUAAACAAGAAUCAGAAAGGUGGUCAUCAGAAUGUAAUAUGUUGCGUUCAAAACCAACAUCAAACGAAAAUUUAACAGAAUAUUAUGAAUCACAACUAACAAAAAUUUAUGAUGAAAAACAAACUGCUGUUGCUGAAACCAGUAUUUUAUGGGCGGAAAAUGAUGCUUUAUCCACGAGGCUAGAACACAUAACUUUAGAAAAAAACGCUUUGGAAAGGAUUUUAGACAAAAGCACUGAAGAACUUCACACAACCCACCAAAAUUAUAAAUCUCAAUUAGAUGCUAUGACCGAACACAUGGCAGCUCAAAAUGAGAAAAUUACUAAACAAUGUGAUCAAAUUGAGAUGUUGCAACAUAAAUUAACUUCUAAAAAGUGAUUCAUUCCAAAUUUUUGUCCUUUUUUUCUAAUAAUAUUGUGUGUUAGAAAAUAUUUAUAUAUCUUAAAGUUACACUACUAUUAAAAUAAAAGAAGUAAUUAU